AAGUCAAGAGGCAGGCAGAGGCGGCGGGAGGCGCGCUGCGGGGCUGGAGCGUGUUCCUCGGGGCUCGCGAUGCCUUCGGACUGCCGGACACGCGGGGCAUGGUGAGCCGCCCGCAGCGCCCGAUCCCCGCGGGGACCCGGACGGCCGUGGGCGCCCUUCUGCCCCUCCCCCUCCUCCUCCUGCUCCUGCUCCGGAGGGACGCCCACGCGCAGAAAGGUGACGGAUGUGGCCAUACCGUUUUAGGUCCUGAAAGUGGGACUUUUACAUCCAUUAAUUACCCACACGCCUACCCCAACAGCACCGUUUGUGAAUGGGAGAUUCGAGUAAAGCCUGAGCAGAGAGUUCAGCUCAAAUUUGGAGAUUUUGACAUUGAUGAUUCAGAUUCUUGCCAUUUUAAUUAUGUGAGAGUUUAUAAUGGAAUUGGGCCCACGCGGACAGAAAUAGGAAAAUACUGUGGUUUAGGCUUACAGAUGGACAAUUUAAAUGAAUCAAAGAGUAAUGAAGUUACAGUGCAGUUCAUGAGCGGCAUACACUUCAAUGGGCAUGGAUUUCUUGCAUCUUAUUCAACCACUGACAAACCAGAUUUAAUCACAUGUUUAGACACUGCAAGUCACUUCUCUGAGCCAGAGUUCAGUAAAUACUGUCCAGCUGGAUGUGUGCUUCCUUUUGCUGAGAUUUCUGGGACUGUUCCACAUGGUUAUAGAGAUUCAUCUUCGCUUUGCAUGGCUGGGGUCCAUGCAGGAGUAGUGUCCAACGUUCUGGGUGGUCAGAUAAACGUUGUAAUCAGCAAAGGCAUUCCAUAUUAUGAGAGCUCUUUGGCCAACAAUGUCACAUCAAAAGUAGGUCCACUCUCUUCAGGUCUCUUCACUUUCAAAACUACUGGUUGCUAUGGAACAUUAGGAAUGGAGUCUGGAGUAAUUGCUGAUUCCCAGAUUAAUGCAUCAUCAUUCCUGGAAUGGCCUGAGCAAAUGGGUCAGCCAAGCACCUGGAAGCCAGAAAGAGCCAGGCUGAAAAGGCCGGGACACUCCUGGGCAGCAUUCACCAAUGAUGAAUACCAGUGGCUGCAAAUAGACCUAAACAAAGAACAACGAAUAACAGGUAUCAUUACCACAGGCUCCACCUUAGCAGAGUACCAUUAUUAUGUCUCUGCUUAUAGGAUUCUUUACAGCAACGAUGCACAGAAGUGGACGGUAUACAGAGAACCUGGCAUUGAGAGAGAUAAGGUAUUUCAAGGCAAUACUGGAUAUUAUCAAGAAGUUCGUAAUAACUUUAUUCCACCCAUUAUUGCUCGUCUUAUUAGAAUAAAUCCUUUAAAGUGGCACCAGAAAAUUGCAAUGAAAGUGGAACUGCUAGGAUGUCAAUUUAAUAUUGUUCGAGCUCCAAGACCUACAGUACCUCCACCAACCAGAAGCAGCAAUGACUUCUCUUUGCAGACUGAUAAAACAACCUUCCCUCCUAAGAUCAAGAACACUACAGUAACUCCAAGUGUAACCAAAGAUGUGGCAUUGGUAGCUGUCUUGGUUCCUGUUUUGGUUAUGGUCCUUACCACCCUCAUCUUGAUAUUAGUUUGUGCAUGGCACUGGAGAAACAGAAAGAGAAAAUCAGAAGGAACUUAUGACAUACCUUACUGGGAUCGUGCAGGUUGGUGGAAAGGAAUGAAGCAAUUUCUUCCUGCCAAGAGUGCAGAGCAUGAUGAAACACCGGUCCGCUAUAGCAGCAGUGAAGUUAGUUGCCUGAGAUCAAGAGAAGUCACAACCAUGUUGCAAACUCAGUCUGCAGAAUACGCCCAGCCACUUGUUGGAGGAAUUGUUGGCACGCUCCAUCAGAGGUCAACCUUUAAACCAGAAGAAGGCAACAAAGCAAGCUAUGCUGAUACGGAUCUCUAUAACUCACCUGAACAAGAGAUUUAUCAUGCCUAUGCUGAACCGUUACCCAUAAGUGGACCAGAAUAUGCCACCCCAAUCGUAAUGGAUAUGUCAGGGCACCCUGUAGCUCCUCCUGGUCUCUCUUCUGUAUCUACUUUCAAGGCUUCAGGGAACCAAGCCCCACCCCUUGUGGGAGUUUACAACAAACUUUCCAGGGCUGAUAGCUCAUCCUCCACACAUGUACUCUAUGAUACACCAAAGGGGAUGCCAGGAGUCAGUUCCUCUGACGAAUUGGUGUACCAGGUACCACAGAACACACAACAUUCCACAGGAGAGAAAGAAGAAGUUAGUUAAAGUGACGUCCAAAAAUAAUCAGUCUUUUGGCUAUGAUGUCAGACUUUUCAAAUGUUUGUUGGGGAAUAAAUGAUACAUAGGCCCAGACAAAUGAGUAAAUUGUCCUUUUGAGGGUCUACACACAACUACUGCUUCCUUCUUCACAAAAUAAUGGGCUUUCCACACACUACUGAUGGGAACUGCAUUCAAUGCUAGACAGGCAUGAGAAACUUAAAAUAUGCAUAAUCACUGAGUGUAAAUAUGCAUGUCACUAAAGAUAGAGAAGUAAUCAGCUUCCAUUACAUACAGCCAUAGUGCCAGGAAAGAAGAAGGUACUGUUCUGAACAUGGAAAAAAAGAAGUCACUGAUGCCUGCAUGCUGCUAGUGUUUUACAUUAAUGGGUUAAUAGACAGAUCAUUUAAGAUUCAUAUUUCCAUGUAUAAUGUAGUUCAAGUGAAAUGACUGCCCUACUUUCUAAAACAAUGUAGACAUUUUUUUGUAAUAGUUCCUAAAUCCUUUGGCAGUCCCAACUAAAAAUACAGCUGUUGAAUUAAUUGGAUUUACGUAUGUAUUGGCUCGCCAUUCAGCAAUUGAUUAAGCUUGUGUUUUCUAGAUGGGAUUAAUCACAGGAUUCUAGGCAUAUAUGAUAAAGAUGGAUAUCUCAAAUGGAUCAUACCAUACUUUAUGGUGGUGCUUUUUUUAAAAAAUGGAGUUACCUAAAACUUUUGGUAAUUAUUAUUUUGCCAAACACCAGUGAAGAUUCUGUGCUUAAUCUUGCUUUCGUUUUAAUGCUGUUUUGCCUUACUUGUUUAAACACUGCGGUUCUUUUCUCCAGUUACUAAGAAGUAGGUUUCCUGAAAAUGAUUCAGUAAGUGACUAAGACAUACUGUUCCUCCAAAACCAUUUUCAGGUUUGAGCUUCAGAGCCCCAAUGUGAUAUGAGAAUAGAAAUACUGAUCUGCAUUUUAGGACUGAUGUGAUAUAAUUCAGAUAUUGAAAAGGAGCCCUCUUAACUGAAAAUGUAAUCAGAGGUCCUGCAUGGGAGUCAUAGCUAGGGUUAUGUAGCUAUGAUCUGUCACCUAACUUUUAAGGUGGGGUUUAGGGCCCAUUUGCUAUAGGUUCUAGGUCAAUAGUUCCCAACCUUUAGGCCUCCAAAUAUUUUGGACUUCAGCUACCACAGUUCCUAACAGCUGGUAAGCUGGCUGGGAUUUCUGGGAGUUGAAGUGUAAAACACCUGGAGGCCCAAAGGUUGGGUAUUACUGGUCUAGGUAAAGGUUUCCCCUUGACAUUAAGUCUAGUCAUGUCCGACUCUGGGUGGUGGUGCUCAUCUCCAUUUCUAAGCUGAAGAGCCGGCGUUUUCCAUAGACACCUCCCAGGUCAUGUGACCGGCAUGACUUCAUGAAGCGCUGUUACCUUUCCCGCAGAAGUAGUACCUAUUUAUCUACUCACAUUUCCAUGUUUUCAAACUGCUAGGUUGGCUGAAGCUGGGGCUAACAACAGGAGCGCACCUAGUCCUGCGGAUUCAAACUGCCAACCUUCCAGUCAGCAAAUUCAGCAGCUUAGCGGUUUAACCCACUGUGCCACUGCGGCCCCUUAUAGUGUCUAGUUCAUUGUAAAUAUUGAACAGGAUUCCAGCUAUAUGUAAAAAAAUACACAAAAAUUUCUACAAUUUUCUGUAGUAGAAAACUUGAAAUAGCUAAAGUAGCCUAACUGACUUUCUAUGUCAUUAGAAAGUGUCUGACUCUAUAAAACCUCAGCACAUGAAUAUAUUGUGCGUGCAUGUGGGUGUAAAUCAGGGUUUCUGUACAUCCACAGCCGCACAGCAGUUCCCUAAUAUUGUUUCGUUUAUUUUUAUGCCUUAAGGAAAACAUGAAUACAUUGACAACUUAGAAUAUUUAGAAUGUGAAAUCUGGUGAUUGUUUAAUUUCACAAUACUGGGAUUUGGUGUAUUGUGAGACUGUUAAAAAUAUAUCUCAACUUUUGAUUCAUCCCCCCUCCAAUCCUUCAAACGUUUCUGCAGCUUUUGAGUUGAGGACUCCUUGCAGAAUUUUGAUACUUGAAGCGGUUAGUGACUUUAUGCACAAUGCAAAUGAUUAAGAACAAAGCUAGAUAACAUUACAAGCCAAGCUCCAUCUUGAUGUUUCAAUGCAUAUGGAGAGAGAAAAGCACAUGAGAAGAAAGCACUGUAGUGGCAAUGUAGAAUAGAUAAAUGUGAUAUCACUCUAUACACAAUAGCCCAGUUUUAUGGACUUUAAAUGUUUAUGAGUGCAUAAUUCAGAAAAACAUGUUGUAUUUUUCUUGUGGUCUGUAUUCUUGAAUGCACAAUCUUUCAAUCUAGGUUAGCUGACAAGGUUAAUCAUGAUAAUCACAACUGUUACAUGCAUGUACCUCCAGCAGCCAGUUUCAACAGCAUAGGGUUCUGCCUUGUUCCAUUUCUAUUGUUUUCUUUAAUUUAUAAUAGUGAUACAUAACUUAUUUCUGUUUUGUAACUGCGGUACGCCAAGCUAAACAUGGCCGAAGAAAACUUUCACGGUAUCUGUAUAUAUAGAUUUUUAUUUUAUGAUGUAUUCUAUAAAUUGAUCUGACUGCUAUGGAUAAUUAUUUGCCAAAUUGGACUAAUGACGUUCGUUAUGAAUAUUAAGACCCUAUUCCAUCUGAGUCUAUCCCUGUUAAAGUUUAUGAGACUCACACUGGCCUAUUCUUACAGACUUGCAUUGUCAAAACCAAAGGCUGAUAUCUCAUCUCAGGAGAUGUAGCUACAGAGAUGUAGUUGCAGUGUUCCCGUGUCAAUCCUAUAUUUGGAUCUUUGCAACUCCCCUCCCACUACAGCCAUUUCCAAGGCACUGAAGAGCAGGGUGGUGAGAAGCAACAUGCCAUAGGGAAUGCUGUGAGAGGCGGUUGCAGAGUCCACCACGAGGUCUUGUUGGGAGCUUCUUACAGCUGUUUGCCUCAGGAUGCUUGCAUCAUGACCACUCUGCUCUCUAGCACCUCGGAAAUCAUUGUUGGAGUAAUGGGAGGCUUUAUAAGUAGGAUCUGGGAGAAUGUUUGGUCAUUGUGAUUUUUCAACCACAAACGUGAAUAGAAAAAUAGUAUGACCCCCUUAUUCAGAUUUAAUAUCCACAGUUUCACUUAGCCAUGCUCCAAAAUACCCCCCCUCCCAGUGUUUGUGUGGGCCUCUAGAUCCUCCAAUAUGAUUCUAUGGUAAUCUUCUGAUCCAAGUAUGGUCAUCAUAUGUCUCCUCUUAGCCUUCUCUUCUGUAGGCUAAACAUGGCCAGCUCUCUGAGGAACAACUGAAAGAGCUGGGCAUGUUUAGCCUGCAGAAGAGAAGGCUGAGAGGAGACAUGAUGUAUAAAUAUGUGAGCAGAAGCCAUAGGGAGGAAGGGAGCAAGCUUGUUUUCUGCUGCCAUGGAGACUAGGACAUAGAACAAUGGCUUCAAACUACAGGAAAGGAGAUUCUACCUGAAAAUUAGGAAGAACUUCCUAAUUGUGAGAACUGUUUAACAGUGGAACUCUCUGCACUGGAGUGUGAUGGAGGCUCCUCCUUUGGAUCUGAGGUUCUUUGAAUGCGAUUUUCCUUCUUCUUGGCCAGGGGAUGAACUGGAUGGCCCAUGAGGUCUCUUACAACUCAGUGAUUCUAUGAUUCUAUAUAUAGGGUUUCAUGUAUUCACAGGGGGUCUUGAAACUUAUUUCCCAUGGAUACAGACAUUCUGUAAUUACAAUGUCCAAAGCCAGAUUUAUGACGUUGCGAUUACUGAACAUGAUUUCAACCAAAGCAUAGUACUAACAUUUACUAAUAGAUUGUAUAAAGUUCAUGAGAGGCCUUCUCAAUGAUAGAGUAGAUUUUGCUCUAUAGUUUUCCCAACUAUUUCCUAAAGAACUCAAGAGAGUAGGUCAUGCAUUGAGAUGGUGGUACUUGUAUGUCUUGUGCAGUUACCAGCCAUCUCAUAAGUCUCUCUUCUUAAAGGUUGGAAGUACAGUUGGAUUUGAUGGUGUAGGCCAAUCUAUAUGAAUUAACCAUCUUUCAUUCUGGUCACUUUUAUUUAUGAACAAUAUAAUACACCUUCCAACACACAUUCAUAAGAAAAGUGUACCAGAUGACAAUGCAUGAAAUAUAUCCCAGCAGAACAGUGUUAGACUACAGAAUUAAUAGCAUUAAAAUGACAAUCUCAGCUAAUUUCCAAAUGCCUGGUGGCACGCAAGUACCUUGGUUUGACAGAUACUGCAUAUUUCCUUACAAGGGUAUUCUCUGUUCAGUGUAAACACAUAGUAGUUGUGUUUUUUCUUUAAAAAUAGUUGGACUUAAUUUUUUUAUUUGAAUGUUGGAGGAGUGAGGAAUGGCUUUACUUGUGUGCACCAUGACAAAGUCUCAGCUUUUGUGUAUACAAAACAAUGUUUAUGCACAGGACACCACAAAACAAUCAUUGUAACACUGAAUGUCGAGCUUGUUUCCUGGAAUUAUGCACACAACUAUAUUGGUGCAAAGUGCCUAGUUAGACGUUCAAGUCCUAAUUCCACAUAGUUCGGUACACACCGUCCAGCGCUCACCUAGAUGUUGCAGAAAAAGCCCAUCAGCACAUGAAAUGUUACAAGAGGAUAAAACAGCUGUGCAUGGAAACUUGAAUGUAUCCGGCAUUUAAAAAGGUCAGUUAGGUGAAAACAGCCUGGCUUACUGCCCUGUAUUUUAAACACUUAAGUUAUUGAUUCCUGAAUGUACGACACACAGCACAAACAACUUUCAUCUUACAUGUUUUUGAUUUUUGGUCCAGUGUUGGUAUUGUCUCUCAUAAGUUGAUGCUAGGGGGUCUUUGUUAUAAGUGCAGGUGGGAUGGGUACAAAUUACGUUGAAUUGUUAUUUUCCUAGAAUGUUCUUUCUUACCUCAGCAUGUUCUGUAGUCACUCUGUAUUUGUAUAUGUUGCCAGAACUUAGAAUAUGAAUAGCAAUGUUUAUGUAUGUGUUCAAAUCUUUUAAAUAAAAUGCACAAUGUGGAAGAA